AUGACAGCACUACAGUACCCAGAAAAGGUUUUACCGGGGCAACCUAUUUUGCCAAUUUAUCAACCAACUGAAAACUCGGAAAGUAUAAAAUUUUUACCAGGUGAAAAUGUUCGUUUAAAAUCAAUUACGUUUGACAACCAGAAUAUUCCAACACUUGUCUCCACCACAUUGGGAUACGUCGUGAUAACGGACGAAAUUGAUAAGUCCUCUGCAGACUCUGAGUCUCCAGCAGUUGCUGCUGCACAUAAUGUGAAAGUUGUAUCUGUGAUAGCCAGAAAGGAGAAACAGUCUCAGAAUCAUGUGAACGACAUAAAGUGCAGGAGUUAUAAGGCAGUUACACCCCAGGUGGGUGAUGUGGUACUUGCGAGGGUUAGUAAGAUAACGCACCAGAGGGUGAAUGUUGAGAUCUUAAGUGUCCUCCCAAAGACAGGAGAGGGCGAAGACACACGUCAAAGAUCUGAGGAUUUACAAUUGUUGAACCUACUUCCUACCGAGUCGGGUGAAUACUUCAAGGCAUUGAUCAGGUCUCAAGAUGUGCGUUCUACUGAGCGUGACAGUGUGAAAACUUGGGAAUGUUUUCAGCCGGGUGAUAUAAUACGUGCGACUGUUCUUUCUUUGGGUGACGGCGCCAGCUUCUAUUUGACGACUGCUAGCAACGACUUGGGUGUUGUCUUUGCAAGAAACGAAGACGGAGAGUUACUGUAUCCGUUGGACUGGGAAACCAUGGUGGCACCUGGAACAGGAGAGAUCGAGAAGAGGAAGUGUGCGAAGCCAUUUUAA